AUGGGAUUCAAUAACUACCCUCGGGAGAUGUAUGUCCCACCCGGAGUCAACGAACUGAUGCCUAGCUCCUCUUUGGCACUAUCUCCAAGCAACACCCAGCGUGGUCGUGGUCAUGAAGGUGCUCUGGACCUCCCAGAAGACUUUCCUAGACAUAAUUACCUAUUCAAUCAAGGCAGCGUGUAUGAAUACCAACAAGACCAGCAGCAAAAAGUGCGGAGGUUUGACCCGGAACCGGAAAGACACCCGUUCGACAACCAAGAGGAAGAUACAAAGAACAACGAUCCGCAUCACUUAUGUGAAUUUGCCGCUCCAUGUCAGAUGCAUCCCUCGCCUGAUGGAAUGCACUAUCGAAAGGUUGUGUCGCACGUGUUUGGCAGAAACAAGGCCGUCACCAAGCUGUUCCCACUCGGCGUCUGGGUCCAUUAUUGCCGAAAGCACUACCAGCGUGCCCGGUAUCGCGCCGACCAAUGGCCAUUUACACAGUGUGACCUCCUGUUAGAAUCACUGAGCCGAAUGGAGCACUGGGAUGGAGUGGAUAGUUUCGAACUCAUCCUCCGCCGCCGAGAGCAAGUGCGUGUCGGCCGUGAAACCGAAGGCGCACCCACCACCGAGGCCCCCAAUAAGAGGGAGACUAAUCCCUCUGCGGACCAGGCCCAAGAUCAAGACAGCAGGUCUUUGGGUGCCGCUACUCGAGCUGCAGGCCGUAAGCAUCCGACUGCCAUCAUCGCCCCAGUCCCGGACUGGCUUCGCCGACACGUUGGUCACGGCAAGACAUUUCAAGAAAUUCGCCACAUUAUCGAACUGGUGCGUAACCAUAUGGCCAGGCUGCGAAAUCGAGAAAGGGCGCAACAGCAGCUCAAUCCUAUUCCCAAGUCUCCGAGGGCACUUGACAGUCCUCGCCGAGGUGGACCUUCGAACGACCGAAAGGGACGUAUGAGUAAACCCGCCAACCGGGACCCCCUACGCCUGCGUGCUAGCACUGUUCGUUUCCCCGAUGUUGAAAUUCUCCCCCAUUUCAAACCAUGGGUCAAGGAGGCUGCUCUACGGCAGCGAUCUGCUACGAACUGUCCCAAGAACGAAGGGGAUACCAAAGACCAUGAGACGGAGCAGAGAAUCUCCGGAGGGGGGGAUAUCGAUGGAGAAGUCCAGGAUGCCCGUGACGGCAACGCUCGAGCUGAAUACAGUCAGCCGACAAACGGCGAAUUUAUGAAUAACAACGCUGUACCUUGCCCAGGCCGAUAUUCCGAGUCCAUUUCUACAAUUGAGAUGACUGGGGCCAAUCUCUCGCAGAUGCAACCUCAUAUCGGCAGGGCUGGGACCAACCGCGGCCAGUCUGAGAGCCAGAGGCGACGAAGCGAACGCGUCUACAUUAAAGCCCUCGACCGUGUCCCUAGUCAGGGCUCCAUCAAGAAGACCGGCAAGGAUGGUGACAAAUAA